GUGAUUUGUCGGUACUUUGAUGGAAUGGGUUUCAGGAAGCUUGCCAGCCAGGGACAGCAAUAGGAGAGGUCUGAUUGGAGUAUGAGGGCUCCGACGAGCCAAAGUGGAUGUGAAAAGGAAAACAUCUAAAACUAAAAGUCUUUCCAAAUCUGUUCUCCACAUAGAGAUAAAUCAGGGAAGCCAUCAGCAGCUGAGAUGAGGCUGGUCAGUGGCGGGCUCCGGGCCCGAAGGGCCGCUGAGCCGUCCGAACCAGAAUCUGAGGAAACAACGGAGCCGUCCCAUCAUGAGCACGUUCAUCCAGAACACCAUCAUGAACACAUGCAUCCAGAACAUCAUCCAGGACAUGACUACAACCACAUGAAGGAGAAGUUCAUGAAUGAGCUCCAUCACCUACCAAUUCCUAUGUGGGCAGUGGGAGCCAUUGUUGUGCUGGUCCUGGCUUUAGUGGCGUGCUUCAUUUUCUGUGUUUUCAAAAAAUGCUUUGCAAAGAAGAAAAAGCCGAAGAAAGUGAGGGAGAGGAAGGCUGGGGGUCGCCGCAGAAAGGAGAAGGAUGGUGAUGGAGAGUCAGGAGAAAAGGAAGGAGAUGGGAAAAAGGAUGGAGAAGAGGAAGAGAAAGAACAGGAGAAGUUGGGCAAGUUGGAGUUCUCCUUGGAUUACAAUUUCACAGAUUGUCAGCUCAUAGUGGGCAUCCUUCAGGCUCAGGACCUUGCUGCAAUGGACAUGGGGGGGACUUCAGACCCCUAUGUCAAAGUUUUUCUGCUUCCUGACAAAAAGAAGAAAUAUGAGACCAAAGUUCAGCGUAAAAACCUGAGCCCUGUUUUCAACGAGACUUUUAUUUUCAAGAUCCCGUACGCGGAGUUGGGCGGAAAAAUUUUGAUUCUGCAGGUUUUCGACUUUGAUCGUUUCUCCAAACACGACAUGAUCGGUGAAAUAAAGAUUCCCAUGAGCAGCGUUGAUCUGGGCCAGCCCAUGCAACAAUGGAGGGACUUAGAAAGCGGGGAGAAGGAAGAGGAAAAAUUGGGAGACAUAUGCAUUUCUUUGCGCUAUGUACCCACUGCUGGAAAACUGACCGUAAACAUCAUGGAGGCAAAAAAUCUCAAGAAAAUGGAUGUUGGUGGUUUAUCAGAUCCUUAUGUGAAGAUCGUCCUGCAACAAAAUGGGAAGCGGAUAAAGAAAAAGAAAACAACAGUAAAGAAAAACACCCUCAAUCCCUACUUUAAUGAAAGCUUCAGCUUUGAAGUCCCCUUUGAACAAAUACAGAAAGUGCAGGUUGUCAUCACAGUGUACGACUAUGACAAACUGGGAAGCAAUGACCCCAUAGGGAAGACCUUUAUGGGCUAUGGAGCUACAGGUGUCGGCUUGCGCCACUGGUCGGACAUGCUUGCCAAUCCUCGACGUCCCGUAGCCCAGUGGCACACCCUCAUGCCUGAAGAAGAGGUGGACGCAGCACUUAAAGCUAAACCUCGUUAAAAGCAGGACCUGAUCCAGCACUGAGUCCAUCUGGGAGGCUUGGGGGGUUUUAAAGUAGUUUUUGUUCAGUUUUUCAUGUUUUCUUUCACGGCCCUAUGAAUAAAGGCACCGUCAUUUCUCAGAUAACCCGUCUCCUCAGGGUAGAACUUGAUUGGACGUGAGCUUUUCCUCUUAGGGACUUUUGGACCCAAGUCAUUGCUGAACCCCUUUUUUGUUUGUUUGUAACUUGUCUUUACUUUGUAUUUCUAUGUGCCUGUGUACAAUACAGAUCAUGUUGGUUUGGCUUUCUAUGUUUCCUUUAAAUUUUAAAAUACAGUAUUAAUCUGAGUUUCAAUAUUUGGAAAACCUACUUAGAAAUAAUAUUCAGAAUCUGUGAAACUCUUUAUAUAUAUUAAAAUAUUUGCUAAUUCUUGUGCUUUUCUGUAAUAAAUUCCUUCUCUAUCAAAAUAAAGAAGUUUUGACAGUUUUACAAAAUCACUUCUUCCCUUUUAGAUAGAUCAGCACCAGUCCAAGGUAUAAGCAAACUUAGAAAAUGCUGAUGAAAAACAUUAUUACCAUCGAGCAAGUGGAGAGAUGUGCAAUUUGUAAAAGGAAAGCAACUAAGAAAAUCCUUUACACUGUAACUUGAGGGUUUGGUAAGACGGAGUCAAUGGUUAGAGCUGUUUAAUCACAUAUGCUUGUGUCUGAACUUUUCAUGUACAAUUUAAGUGUUUGCAAAUAAAAGUACACACAACAGUC